AAUGCUUUAUCUAAACGACAAAGUAUUCCAUUCAUGGCCAUUGAGAAUGAAGGAUCAACAGAAAGGAUAAAUGGAACGUACCGCUAUGUAUUGCGUCUUUAUGGUCGCCUAAUUAACGGCCAAAAGGCACUGGUAACUCUUAUGGACAUUCAGGUUUUCUUUGACAUUCUCGUACCAGACGGAGAGACUCCAGAUAAAUGCGAAGAAAAGGGUUAUCAUUCCAAAAAAAAGUCAUAUUUACGAAUUUAUACAAAUGAUCAUACUCUUGUUCUCACUUGGGAUAUAGAGACGCAAUCACAAGAAUUGGGUGAAUUUGCUGAAGUCCUUAAUCUAAAUAAUAAUGUUUUUAUGAUAUCUAUGACAUUGCAUUGGAAAGAUGAUCCAAAACCACUAAAGCAAAUAUCAUUUGCCACUGAUAUCUAUGUUGGGUUUAACGAUUUCGACUAUGAUUGGUGUUUUAUUAUGGAAAGAGCAUAUCAUCUUAACAUACUCGAAUGGAUGUGGGAGCGAAUAACAGGAAAGUUUGAAACAAAGGAAGAAAUUCUAAAGUGGAAAUACCGUGGAAAGAUAGGAGCAAAAUCUGAAAAUGAUUUCGUGAAAAAGCAUCCUGUUAAGACUCCCGAGGAAGGUGAAGAGGAUCUGGAGGAGAAAGAAUAUAUGGGCGGUCCAAUUAGGAUCAAAAUUAGUGCAGAAGAUUAUUUUAUUUCUAGCUUCCUUAAACUGCCAAUCGAAAAGGAAGACUCACUUAAAUUCUUCCUACAAAAAUUCGGUCUUGACACCCAAUCUUCGUCAACUGCGAGAUAUAUGCGUGAAGUGGCACAAUACUGUAUUAUAGACAUAUUGUACUGUCAAGAGCUUUUGGUAAACCAAAGUAUAAUAAAUGAUUAUAGAGAAGUUGCCUCCAUAGCUUAUAUUUUUCUUUUCGACACACAUUAUCGUGCAAAUGGAAUGAAGGUACGGAACCUUCUCAGCGCAUGUGCUAUCAAACGAGAUAUGGUAAUUAGUACAAGACUUCCUGAAGACAUAGAAAAAGGGAAAUAUCCUGAUGCAUAUGUAUUUUCACCUAAAAAAGGUAUCAUGACAGAAAGACCUGUAACAGAUCUAGAUUUUGCAUCUUUAUAUUCUAGCAUUAUCAUGGCCUACAAAAUCUCCCCAGAAAAAUCAUAUUGGAUUGAGAAAAGGCUAAUAAUGUCUGCAAAAAUGAGAACGAGCUUCAUACGAUUGAGUUUAAAUUCAAUAAAGGAUUUAUCUAAAAAGAGGCUGGAGCUUAAAGCACGUCUGGCUCCACUAGGAAAGAAAAAGCAAUAUCUUGAGAAGAUGAUAAGUUCAGCUAAAAAAAGAGGCAAAAGGGUUUCAGAAAGCUUAAAUUCAGAAUAUUCAUCCGUAUGUUUCGAUUACGAUUAUUGGGAUUCAAAGCAAAAAGCUUUAAAGGUAUAUAUGAACACUUUUUAUGAGGAGGUAGGUAACUCAAAAUCUCCAAUCUUUCUUCGUGAAUUAGCCUGUGAAACUACUACAGCGGGUAAAUACAACCUUAAUCUCGUUGCCGAAUUCAUAUCAAAGAAAGGAAAAAAACUUUCCAAAGAAGCGUACUGGACUGAAAUGGUCAAAAUUACUAUGGAUAUGAUGAAAAAGUUGCGUGAUCAAGUAAACGCUUAUCUUAGAAUAAAAAGUGAGAUGUCUUAUCUAAAGAUGGCAUAUGAAGAG